CAUAGGAGGCAGUUAAGAGAAGAUGAACGGGACCGGGUACAGAAAAAGACCUUCACAAAAUGGGUCAACAAACACUUGAUGAAGCAUUGGAGAGCAGAGGCCCAGCGGCAUAUCACUGACCUGUACGAGGACCUCCGAGAUGGACACAACCUCAUCUCCCUGCUGGAAGUGCUCUCUGGAGAGACACUGCCCAGGGAGAAGGGGCGUAUGCGCUUCCACAAACUGCAGAAUGUUCAGAUCGCACUGGACUUCCUCAAACAUAGACAGGUCAAACUGGUCAACAUCAGGAAUGAUGACAUCGCCGAUGGAAACCCCAAGCUGACCCUGGGCCUGAUAUGGACCAUCAUCCUUCACUUCCAGAUAUCAGACAUCCAGGUGAAUGGCCAGUCAGACGACAUGACGGCCAAGGAGAAGCUGCUGCUGUGGUCCCAGCGCAUGGUGGAGGGAUACCACGGGAUGCGCUGCGACAACUUCACCACCAGCUGGAGGGACGGCAAGCUCUUCAACACAAUCAUACACAAACACAGGCCUAGUCUGAUUGACAUGAGUAAGGUGUACCGACAGACCCAUGUAGAAAACCUGGAGCAGGCCUUCAGUGUGGCAGAGAGAGACCUGGGUGUCACUCGGCUGCUCGACCCAGAAGAUGUGGAUUUACCACACCCAGAUGAGAAGUCCAUCAUCACAUACGUGUCCUCCCUGUAUGAUGUCAUGCCCCGGGUACCUGACGUCCAGGAUGGGGUGAAAGCCAAUGAGCUGGAGCUGCGCUGGCAGGAGUACUAUGAGCUGGUGACCCUGCUGCUGCAGUGGAUCAGACACCACAUCAUCGUGUUUGAGGAGAGGAAGUUCCCUACCAGCUAUGAGGAGAUUGAGGUGCUUUGGCGCCAGUUUCUGAUGUUCAAGGAGACAGAGCUGCCUGCAAAGGAAGCAGACAAGAAUCGAUCCAAACACAUCUACAAGUCUUUUGAGGGUGCAGUUCAGGCGGGUCAUGUCAAGGUGCCCCCUGGGUACCAGCCUAUCGAUGUGGAGAAGGAGUGGGGUCAUCUCCAUGUAGCCAUACUGGAGAGAGAGCGUCUUCUAAGGACAGAAUUUGAGAGGCUGGAGCGGCUGCAGAGGAUUGUCAGUAAGGUCCAGAUGGAGUCUGGGGUGUGUGAGGAGCAGCUCAACCAGGUUGAGGGCUUGCUACAGAUGGAUGUCCGUUUGCUGAGCUCAGGAAAGCCUGCUAUGCACACAGCAGAGGUAGAGACAGACCUGGACAAGGCUGAGGACAUGAUCCGGUACCUCUUCAACGACGUGCAGCUGCUGAAGGACGGACGCCAUCUACAAGCUGAACAGAUGUACCGCAGAGUGUACCGUCUCCACGAGCGGCUGGUGAACCAGCGCAGUGAGUACAACCUGAGCCUGAAGUCCGGAGUGACUACCACCCAGAUACCCAUGUCCCAGAUGCAGACCUUUCAGCAGGUACCCAUGAGGGUGUGUCCCGAGCGUGAUGAGGUGACCCUGCGCUACAUCCAGGACCUGCUGGCUUGGGUGGAGGAGAACCAGAGGUGGGUGGACCAGGGGGAAUGGGGCUCGGACCUGCCCACCGUGGAGUCCAAACUGGGCUGUCACCGCGGCCUGCACCAGUCAGUGGAGGAGUUCCAUGCUAAGAUCAACAGGGCAAAAGCAGACGAGAGUCAGCUCUCCCCUAUCAGCAAAGGUGCCUACAUAGACUACUUAUCCAAGCUGGAGUUGCAUUAUGGCAAGCUUCUGAGUUCUUCCAAAGCUCGCCUGUGCAGCCUGGACGGGCUUCAUGCCUUUGUCACUGCAGCCACCAAGGAGUUGAUGUGGCUGAAUGAGAAGGAGGAGGAGGAGGUUAACUAUGACUGGAGCGAACGCAACACCAACAUGAAUGCCAAGAAAGACAACUACUCGUGGUUGAUGAAAGAGCUGGAGCACAGGGAGAAGAGGGUCAACAGUGUCCAGGUCCAAGGAGAGAAACUGUUGAAGGAGGGACACCCUGCCAAGAAGACUGUAGAGGCCUUCACUGCAGCCUUGCAGACCCAGUGGAGCUGGAUCCUGCAGCUUUGCUGUUGCAUUGAGUCCCACCUGAAAGAGAACACCUCCUACUUCCAAUUUUUCUCUGACGUGAAAGAGGCAGAGGAGAAGAUGAACAAGAUGCAGGAGACAAUGAAGAAGAAAUACACGUGCGACCGUAACGUCACUGUCACACGACUCGAGGACUUGUUACAGGACGCAGUUGAUGAGAAGGAGCAACUGAAAGAGUUUAAGACCCACUUGAAUGGUCUGAACCGGAGGGCCAAGACCAUUGUCCAGCUGAAGCCACGUAACCCUGCUACACCAGUCAAGGGCAAAGUGCCUGUCCAGGCCGUCUGCGACUUCAAACAGAUGGAGAUCACAGUCCACAGAGGGGAUGAGUGUGCACUGAUAGACAACUCUCAGCCAUACAAGUGGAAAGUGCAGAACCCCAAAGGCAGCGAGGCCACUGUGCCUUCCAUCUGUUUCCUGGUUCCACCCACCAAUAAGGUCGCAGUGAGCUGCGUCUCAGGUCUGGACGCAAGUCACCAGAACCUGCUGGUCCUGUGGCAGAUGCUGCACGUGGACAUGAAGAGCCUCAUGUCCUGGCAGUACCUGAUGAGAGACAUCCACCUCAUCAGCUUAUGGAACAUCACCACGUUUAAGACCCUGAGGGUGGAGGAGUACAGGCUAGCUUUGAGGAACCUGGAGCUCCACUACCAAGACUUUCUAAGAGACAGCCAGGACUCCCAGCUCUUUGGGGCAGAUGACCGCAUGCAGGUGGAGAGUGGCUACAAAAAGGCCAGCCAGCACUACGAAGGACUGCUGCACUCUGUGGAGAAAGGUGAGGAAGAAGAAUCUGAGUGCCGGAGCUACCUGACCAAGGUCAAGGACCUGCGUCUGAAGCUGGAGGGCUGUGAGACUCGCAUCGUCACACGUCUCCGACAGCCCGUGGACAAGAACCCGCUCAUGGCUUGCACCCAGAGGACCACUGAGCAGAAGAAAGUCCAGUCAGAGUUGGAGGGCUUGAAGAAAGACCUGACCGUUGUGGCUGAGAAGACAGAGGAGGUGCUGACAUCCCCUCAGCAGUCCAGCUCUGCCCCAGUACUGUGCUCUGAGCUGGACAUUACGCUGAAGAAGAUGGAGCACAUCUACAGCCUGUCCUCCGUGUACCUGGACAAACUGAAGACCAUCGACAUAGUCAUCCGCAGCACAAAGGGAGCAGAGGACACUCUCAAAAAGUACGAAGCCCGUUUACGUGAUGUCAACAAGAUGCCAACAGACGAAAAAGAGGUGGAGAACUACUGCACCCAGCUAAAGAGAAUGCGUGGCGAGGCCGAGGAUGACCAGAAGACGUUUGACACUCUCCAGGAGGAACUGCAGAAGGCGAUGGCCAUAAACGAGCGGAUGACGCAGGUACACAGCGAGCACGACGCCGAGCUGGAGCACUACCGGCAAGUAGUGGCCGUGCUGGAGGAGCGCUGGCAGGCCGCGUUCGCCCAGAUAGACCUGCGCCAAUGCGAGCUGGACUUGGUGGGGAGGCAGAUGAGCUCCUACCGCGAGAGCUAUGACUGGCUCAUCAGAUGGCUCAGUGAUGCCAAGCAGAGGCAGGAGAAAAUCCAGGCCGUGCCCAUCGGUGACAGCAAGGCCCUCAAGCAGCAAUUGGCACAAGAGAAGAAACUCCUAGAAGAGAUCGAGAAGAACAAAGACAAGGUUGAGGAGUGUCAAAAACAUGCAAGGGCAUAUAUUGAUGCGGUCAAGGACUAUGAGCUUCAGGUAGUGACGUACAAAGCUCUGAUUGAGCCCCUGGCUUCGCCCUUAAAGAAAACCAAAAUGGAGUGUGCAUCUGACAAUAUCAUCCAAGAGUAUGUGACUCUGAGAACCCGCUACAGUGAAUUGAUGACUCUGACCAGCCAGUACAUCAAGUUUAUUACGGAGACACAGCGCCGGCUUGAGGACGAGGAGACAGCUACUGAAAUACUAAAGAAGGAGGAGAGAAAAAAGUUGUCUGAGAUGCAGGCUGAAUUAGACAAACAAAGGCAGUUAGCUGAGGCACACGCCAAAGCUAUCGCUAAAGCGGAACAAGAAGCCCAAGAGCUCAAGUUGAAAAUGAAAGAAGAGGUCAGCAGGAGGGAGGUUGUGAAAGUAGAUUCUGAGAAACAGAAGCACAACAUACAGCAGGAGCUGCACGAACUCAAGAACCUGUCAGAGCAGGAGAUCCAAACAAAGAGCCAGCAGGUUGAGGAGGCACUGUAUAGUCGUACCAAGAUGGAGGAGGAGAUCCAUAUCAUCAGAAUCCAAUUAGAGACUACCAUAAAGCAGAAGGCCACAGCUGAGGCCCAACUUCAGCAGCUCAGGGACAUAGCUGCCAAUGCUGAGAGACUGAGGAAAGUUACUCAGGAGGAGGCAGAGAAGCUUCGCAAGCAGGUGAAUGAAGAGACUCAGAAAAAGCGCAAUGCAGAGGAGGAGCUGAAACGCAAAACAGAGGCAGAACAAGAAGCUGCCAAGCAAAAGCAGAAGGCCCUGGAUGAGUUGCAGAAGUUCAAGAUGCAAGCUGAAGAGGUGGAGAGACGCAUGAAACAGGCAGAAGAGGAGAAGCAGAGGCAGGUUAUGGUUGCAGAGGAGGUGGCACAGAAGAGUGCCGCCACCGAGCUGCAAACCAAACGCAUGUCCUUUAACGAGAAGGCUGUAAAGCUCGAGGCAUCUCUGAAACAAGAACAGGGCACUGUUAUUCAGUUGCAGGAAGAGGCACAGUGUCUCAAGAAGCAACAAGAGGAAGCCAACAAAGCCAGGGAGGAAGCAGAGAAGGAGCUUGAGAAGUGGAGGCAGAAAGCCAAUGAGGCACUCCGUUUGAGGCUCCAGGCUGAGGAAGAAGCCCACAAGAAGAGCCAGGCUCAGGAGGAAGCAGAGAAACAGAAAGAGGAAGCUGAGCAAGAGGCAAAGAAAAGGGCUAAGGCUGAAAAGGCUGCACUUAAGCAAAAGGAAAUGGCAGAGAAGGAGCUGGAUAAACAGAGGAAAUUGGCAGAGGGAACAGCCCAGCAGAAACUCUCUGCAGAGCAAGAGUUAAUUCGCCUAAGGGCUGACUUUGACCAUGGUAAGCAACAGAGGUCUUUAUUGGAUGAAGAGCUCCAGCGCCUGAAAAAAGAGGUGAAUGCUGCAGUAAAACAAAGGAAGCAGCUAGAAGAUGAACUGGCCAAAGUGAGAAGUGAAAUGGAAGUUCUUCUUCAGAUGAAGUUGAAAGCUGAGAAGGAGACCAUGUCUACAACAGAGAAAAGCAGAAAUCUCCUUGAGUCUGAGGCAUUGAAAAUGAGGCAACUAGCUGAAGAGGCGACUAAGCUGAGAUCAAUCGCUGAAGAGGCAAAGAAGCAGAGGCAGGCAGCGGAGGAUGAGGCGGCUCGGCAAAGAGGAGAGGCUGAGAAUAUACUCAAGGAAAAACUGGCAGCCAUUAAUGAAGCAACUGGCCUGAAAACUGAAGCUGAGAUUGCCCUGAAGGAUAAAGAGGCAGAGAAUGAGAGACUUAGGAGAAAAGCCGAAGAUGAGGCUUAUCAGAGAAAGGUCUUAGAAGACCAAGCAAAACAGCACAAGCAAGACAUUGAUGAAAAGAUCUUCCAGCUUAAGAAGACUUCUGAUUCUGAAUUGGAGAGGCAGAAGAAGAUUGUAGAGGAAACUCUUAAGCAGAGGAGGGUGGUCGAGGAGGAGAUUCGCAUCCUAAAACUAAACUUUGAGAAGGCAUCAACAGGCAAGUUGGAUCUUGAGUUGGAGUUGAACAAGCUUAAAGGCAUUGCAGAUGAGACUAAUAGGAACAGAAUCAAGGCUGAAGAAGAAGCAGAGAAACUCAGAAAGCUUGCUUUAGAGGAGGAGAACAAAAGGAAGCAAGCUGAAGAGAAAGUUAAAAAGAUCACUGCUGCAGAGGAAGAGGCAGCGCGACAAUGCCAUGCAGCUCAGAAAGAAGUUGAGCGCCUCAAAAAGAUUGCUGCUGAUGCUAACAAGCAGAAGGACAAUGCUGACAAAGAAACAGAGAAACAGAUUAUUCUUGCCAAAGAGGCUGCACAGAAAUGUAGUAAUGCAGAAAAGCGAGCACGGGACGUUCUGGUCAAGCAGAAAGAGGAGAAUCUUUCCCAGGGCAAGCUCAAAGAGGAGUUUGACAAGGCUAAGAAACUUGCACAAGAAGCUGAGAAGGCCAGGGAGAAAGCUGAGAAGGAGGCUGCUUUACUCCGUCAAAAAGCAGAGGAUGCUGAGAAACAGAAGAAAGCAGCUGAAGCUGAGGCUGCCAAACAGGCCAAGGCUCAGGGGGAUGCUGAGAGACUGAAGAAGGAAGCAGAGCAGGAGGCUGCAAAGCGAGCAGAAGCUGAGGCUUCUGCUCUGAAACAGAAGCAGCAGGCAGACGCAGAGAUGGCCAAGCACAAAAAGCUAGCUCAACAAACAUUGAAGCAGAAGACACAAGUUGAGCAGGAGCUAGCAAAGGUGAAACUGCGACUGGAUGAGACCGAUAAGCAGAAAUCUGUUUUGGAUGAGGAGCUUCAGCGCCAGAAGGAUGAAGUUAGCAAUGCUGUCAAGCAGAAAGCUCAAGUGGAGGAUGAGCUAUUUAAGGUCAAGGUCCAGAUGGAGGAGCUGGUCAAACUUAAGCUUAGAAUUGAGAAUGAGAAUCAGCGUCUGAUGAGUAAAGACAAAGAUAAUGCUCAGAAAUUCCUGGAAGAGGAAGCUGAGAACAUGAAGAAGCUAGCAGAGGAUGCUGCCAGGCUAAGCUUAGAAGCUCAAGAGGCAGCCCAAGAGAGACAGAUUGCAGAGUCCGAGCUUGCCGAACAGAGGGUUCUUGCUGACAAAAUGCUGAAGGAGAAAAUGCAAGCUAUCCAAGAAGCAACUAAACUGAAAGCUGAGGCAGAGAAGCUCCAGAAACAAAAGGACAAGGCUCAGGAGCAGGCCCAAAAACUGCUGGAGGACAAGCAGCAAAUGCAGCAGCGUCUUGAUGAGGAGACCGAGGGCUUCCAAAAAUCUCUAGAGGCUGAGCGCAAGAGGCAGCUUGAAGCAACUGCAGAGGCAGAGAAAUUGAAGCUCAGGGUGACACAGCUCAGUGAUGCUCAGUCCAAAGCAGAGGAGGAGGCCAUGAAAUUCAAGAAACAAGCUGAUGAGAUCAGAGUUCGUCUCCAAGAGAAAGAGCAACACGUUUCAGAAAAAGUCAUUGUAGAGAAACUGGAGGGGCAGAGAUUACAGAGCUUCAAAGAGUCUGAUGACUUGUGCAAAACCAUAGCUGACCUUGAGAAAGAAAAGGAGAAAUUACAAAAAGAGGCUGCAGAUCUACAGAAUAAGUCUAAAGAGAUGGCCAAUGCCCAACAAAAACAAAUUAAACAGGAAAAGACCGUUCUUGAGCAGACUUUCCUGACAGAAAAACAAAUGUUGCUGAAAAAAGAAAAGCUCAUUGAGAAAGAGAGAAAUAAACUUGAGAAACAGUUUGAGGAUGAGGUUAAGAAGGCCAAAGCCCUCAAAGAUGAGCAGGAUCAUCAAAGGGAGCAGAUGGAACAGGAGAAGAAAAAACUCCAGGCUAUCAUGGAUGCCGCUGUGAAAAAGCAGAAGGAUGCUGAGGAGGAGAUGUGCAACAAGCAGAAAGAGAUGCAGGAUCUUGAAAAGAAAAGGCUUGAACAAGAGAAAUUGCUGGGUGAGGAGAAUAAAAAGCUUCGCGAGAAGCUGCAGCAACUUUCUACACCUAAAAAAUUAGCAACACCCCACACUAAAGAAACGGAGAUUCAAACUGAUGAGGUCCCUGAAGAUCAGCUAAUUGCAAUGACAAUGGUGGGAACUACAAAUAAAGUAUUCAAUGGUUCUGCAGUAGUAGACGGUGCGAAGAAAAACAAAGAAUCACCAUUUGCUUUUGAUGGGAUUAGGGAGAAGGUUCCUGCCAGCAGGCUCUAUGACAUUGGUAUACUGAACAAAAAGGACUUUGACAUGCUGAAAACAGGGAAAACCACUGUGCAAGACCUGAGCGAGACAGAGAAAGUGAAAACAUGUCUCAAAGGCAAGAAUAGUGUUGGCGGAGUCUUGACCCCGGCCAAGCAAAAAAUGAGUGUGUAUCAGGCCAUGAAAGAGAAUCAACUUUCUCCUGGCGCUGCCACAAUGCUUCUUGAAGCUCAGGCAGCAUCUGGGUACAUCAUUGAUCCAGUGAAAAACAGAAUGCUCUCUGUGGAUGAAGCUGUAAAGGGGGAAUUAAUAGGUCCAGAACUCCAUAACAAAAUGCUUUCUGCAGAAAAAGCAGCUACUGGUUACAAAGAUCCUUAUACUGGAGACAAAAUCUCACUCUUUGAGGCAAUGAAAAAGGGGCUGAUUGAAAAAGACCAGGCCGUUAGACUUCUGGAUGCUCAGAUUGCAACUGGUGGAAUAAUUGACCCUGUCAAUAGUCACCGUGUACCACUCCAGACAGCCUAUAAGCAGGGCCAAUUGGAUGCUGAGAUGAACAGAACUUUAUCAAACCCUUCUGAUGACUCAAAGUUAUUCAUUGACCCAAGCACUCAGGAGAGCCUCACUUAUCAGCAACUAUUGGAGAGGUGCACCCCAGAUGCAGAGACAGGCCUACUUGUGUUACCAAUCACAGAGAACGCUGCACAAAGUGACAAGACCUAUACAACUGAAGAGACUAAAGAUGUAUUCACUAAAGCAAAUAUCUCUGUUCCAUUUGGAAGAUUCCAAGGCAAGACUGUGACCACUUGGGAAAUCAUUAACUCAGAGUAUUUUACUGAGCCACAGAGGAAGGAUCUGAUUAGUCAGUACAAGACCAGAAAAAUCACAGUGGAAAAAUGUAUCAAACGUGUCAUUAGUGUCGUGGAAGGCAAAGAGAAGAAGAAUGAAAUUGUGUUUGACGGUCUGAGGACUCCUGUCACUGCAGCUGAACUUCUAGAAUCUAAGAUCAUUAAUAAAGACUUGUUCAACAAAUUGUAUAAUGGCAAAACAACUGUCAAAGAAAUCUCUGAGAUGGAGCGUGUUAAGAAAGCUUUAAGAGGAACUCAUAGCAUUGCUGGAGUGAUCGUUGAGUCAACAAAGGAAAAAAUACCAUUCUAUCAGGCUGUAAAGAAACAGAUGCUCUCUCCCGAGACUGCAUUGACUCUUCUUGAGGCUCAAGCUGGGACUGGAUUUGUAAUUGAUCCUGUCAAAAAUCAGAAGCUCACUGUGGAUGAGGCUGUUAAAUCAGGUCUUGUUGGCCCAGAGAUGCAUGAAAAACUUCUGUCUGCAGAGAGAGCUGUUAACGGGUACAAAGAUCCCUACACUGGAAAUAAUGUAUCCCUAUUUCAGGCAAUGUUGAAAGACCUUAUUAAGAAUGACCAGGGUAUCCGUCUGCUAGAGGCUCAGCUUGCAACUGGAGGUAUAAUUGAUCCAGUCAAAAGUUAUCGCAUCCCACAUGAUGUUGCCUGCAAACGUGGAUAUUUUGACGAUAAAAUGUACAAGACCUUGAGCAACAACACUGAUGAAACUAAAGUAUUCUUUGAUCCUAACAUGUGGGAAAAUGCAUCGUAUGUACAACUCAUGAACAAAUGUGUCACUGACAAAGAGACUGGUUUUCCAUUUCUUCCACUCUCAGAGAAAGCAAUUCAAAAGUCAAAAGAGGAGCAUUACAAGUCAGAAGAGGAUCAUCAAUACACUGAGGUCCAGAUCAAAGAUGCCCUGAAUCAGGCAACUAUGGAGCUGCAGUAUGGACCUUUCAAAGGAAGGAAAGUCACUAUUUGGGAGAUCAUAAACUCUGAAUAUAUUACAGAGGAACAAAGAAUCGAGUUGAUUCGACAGUACAGAACUAGAACAGUGACUAUUGAAAGAAUUAUUACAAUCCUUGUCACAAUGGUUGAUAAAAAGGAGACCAAGAAACAGGAAAAAGAACAGGCCAGCUUUGAAGGGCUUAGAUCAACUGUCACUGCCAGCUCAUUGUUUGAAUCCAAAAUAAUUGAUAAAGCUACAUAUGAUCAACUCCAACAGGGCAAAAAGAAACCCAAAGAAAUCAGUGACAUGGACAUAGUCAGGAAGUACUUGCAAGGAACAGAUGGACAGAUUGCAGGCAUCUAUAUGGGUGACUCAAAGGAAAAGGUUAGCAUUUAUCAAGCAAUGAAGAAGAAUAUAUUGAGACAAACUACAGGUAUUGCAUUGCUCGAGGUACAAGCAGCAACUGGUUUCAUUAUCGAUCCUGUCAAAAACCAGAGGUACACUGUGGAUGAUGCUGUGAAAGCAGGAGUUGUUGGUCCUGAGGUUCAUGAGAAACUUCUUUCAGCUGAGAAAGCAGUGACUGGUUACAGAGAUCCAUACACAGGCAACCAGAUUUCACUCUUCCAAGCCAUGAAGAAGGAGCUUGUGCUACGAGAACAUGCCAUUCCCCUGUUGGAAGCUCAAGUGGCCACAGGAGGAAUUAUUGACCCAGUCAGCAGCCACCGUGUUCCAAAUGAUGUGGCCUUCCAACGUGGCUAUUUCAAUAAGCAGAUGGCUAAGACCUUUACUGACCCCUCAGGGGAUAUCAAAGCCUUCGUUGAUCCUAACACUAAUGAAAGUUACACCUAUAAACAACUGCAAGAGAAAUGCAUAAGAGAUCCAGAUACCGGUCUGUGCUUCCUGACACUAUCAAAGGCUGAAGCUCAAACUCCAGUGGAAAAGUCCUACGUAUACACAGAAGAACAGGCACAGACAGACUUGACUAACACUCAAGUGGAUAUCCCUCUUGGGACCUAUGCAGGGAAGGUAAUGACCCUAUGGGAUGUCAUUGGGUCAAACCUGCUCCCUGAGGAGGAAAAGCUAAGGCUCCUGGAACAGUAUCGCCGUGGGCAAAUCACAAAGGACAGAAUGAUCAUCAUCGUCAUUGAAAUCAUUGAACAAAGGGAGAUACUGAAAGUAGAGCAGAGCAUGUCCUGUGAUGUAAUCAGACGAAGAGUCACUAUUGAGGAGCUCUACAGUUCUCGCAUUAUCGACCUUCAAACAUACAAUCUGUUGAAGCAAGAGAAGAAAACUAUCCGUGAGGUUAUGGAAAUACCAUCUGUAAAGCAGUAUCUUUUUGGCACUGGCAGUAUUGCUGGAAUCCUCUCAGACUCCCCCUCUAAGGUCAGUAUUUACCAGGCCAUUAAGAGAGGUCUCAUUAAGCCUGAUUUUGGUAUCAGUCUCCUGGAGGCACAAGCAGCAACAGGAUUCAUCAUUGACCCUGUCAAAGAUGAAUUGCUAACAGUUGACGAGGCUGUGCGCAAAGGGAUAGUCGGCCCUGAAAUCCACAACAAACUUCUUUCUGCCGAGAGGGCAGUCACUGGCUACAAGGAUCCUUACAGUGGAAAAGUAAUCUCUCUCUUCCAAGCGAUGAAAAAAUGCCUUGUUCCUGAGGACUAUGCCCUAAGGCUCCUUGAAGCCCAGGCUUCCACUGGAGGCCUUAUGGAUCCAGAAUACUACUUCCACCUUCCCACAGAUGUUGCCAUGCAACGCGGGUACAUCAAUAAGGAAACAUAUGACAGGAUCACUGAUCCAAACAGUGAUGUACAAGGUUAUGUUGAUCCAACCACAGAGGAGAGACAGACCUAUGCCCAGCUGCUGAAGAGAUGCAAAGUUGAUAAAGAGAGUGGUCUGCAAUUACUUUCACUGGCAGACAGAAGGCUGCUUUUCAAGGGUCUCAGAAAGCAAAUCACCUUGGAUGAGCUGCUUCGUUCGCAGAUUAUUGACCAAAAGACAUACAAUGAUCUCAUUGAAGGCCUUAUCUCAGUAGAAGAGGUCAGCAGAGAAGUGAAGAAGUACCUUGAGGGCACAAGCUGCAUUGCCGGAGUAUAUGUAGAAUCCAGCAAAGACCGCCUGUCCAUCUACCAAGCAAUGAAAAAGAACAUGAUAAGACCCGGGACAGCCUUUGAACUUCUUGAGGCUCAAGCAGCAACAGGAUAUAUAAUUGACCCAAUAAAAAACCUGAAGCUCAAUGUCGGUGAAGCUGUUAAAAUGGGAGUCGUUGGUCCAGAGUUCAAAGACAAGCUCAUCUCUGCUGAGCGUGCCGUUACAGGCUACAGGGAUCCGUACUCUGGCAAGACCAUCUCUCUAUUUCAGGCCAUGAAAAAGGGUCUCAUUCUGAAAGACCAUGGCAUUCGUCUAUUGGAAGCCCAAAUUGCCACUGGUGGGAUCAUUGAUCCAGAAGAGAGUCACCGCUUGCCAGUCGAGAUGGCCUACACACGUGGUCUGUUUGAUGAGGAGAUGAAUGGCAUUCUUACAGACCCAUCUGAUGACACUAAAGGCUUCUUUGACCCUAACACUGAGGAGAAUCUCACUUACCUGCAGCUGAUGGAGCGAUGCCUGAUUGACCCGGAAACUGGACUUGCACUUUUGCUGUUAAAAGAAAAGAAACGUGAGAGGAAGACAUCCUCCAAAUCAUCUGUGCGUAAACGUAGAGUAGUCAUUGUUGACCCAGAGACAGGCAAAGAGAUGUCUGUGUAUGAGGCAUAUCGUAAAGGACUUAUUGAUCACCAGACCUACAUGGAGCUUGCAGAUCAGGAGUGUGAGUGGGAGGAGAUUACUAUCUCCUCAUCUGAUGGUGUUGUGAAGUCCAUGAUCAUUGAUAGAAGGUCUGGCCGACAGUAUGAUAUUGAUGAUGCCACCACAAAGGGCCUCAUUGACCAGUCUGCUCUGGAUCAGUACCGUGCUGGCACUCUGUCCAUCACAGAGUUUGCAGACAUGCUGUCCGGAAACAUAAGUGGCACGAGAUCUAGGUCAUCCUCCUUUGGGUCCACAUCAUCUCACUCCAAUAGCCCAGCCCCCUCUAUCAAACUCCCAGCAACAAUAUGGAAUGACCCAACAGAAGAAACUGGCCCUGUGGCUGGAAUACUGGAUACUGACACAUUGGAGAAGGUGUCAGUCACAGAAGCCAUGCACAGAAGUCUUGUGGACAAUAUCACAGGUCAAAGAUUGCUGGAGGCUCAGGCUUCCACUGGUGGCAUCAUUGAUCCAAACACUGGAGAGAAGUUCUCAGUUGCAGAUGCAAUGAACAUGGGACUUGUGGAUAAGAUCAUGGUUGACCGAAUCAACCUGGCACAGAAGGCCUUCAAUGGAUUUGAGGAUCCCAGAACCAAAACAAAAAUGUCUGCUGCACAAGCAUUAAAAAAGGGGUGGUUGUACUACGAGGCGGGUCAGAGAUUCCUGGAAGUACAAUAUCUAACUGGUGGUUUGAUUGAACCAGAGGUCACUGGCAGAGUUCCACUGGAUGUUGCUAUCAACAAGGGCACCCUAGAUGCACGUACUGCACAGAAGCUACGAGAUGUCAGUGGAUACUCCAAAUACCUCACCUGCCCCAAGACAAAGCUUAAGAUCUCAUACAAGGAUGCCAUGGAUAGAAGCAUGAUUGAGGAGGGUUCUGGUCUGCGUCUGUUGGAAGCCUCUUCUCAGUCAAGUAAAGGUCUUUACAGUCCUUACAGUGUUAGCGGUUCUGGGUCAGCAUCCGGUUCCCGACCCGACUCAAGAACUGGCUCCAGGUCAGGCUCCAGACGAGGGAGCUUUGAUGCCACAGGCUCUAGUUUCUCCACUAAUUUAUCUUCCUCAUCCUUCAGCUCCACAAGCUAUGGGCGCAGAUAUGAUGCAGGAUCACACAGCGGACUUAGCAUGGAUGAGCUAGCACAGGCCCUGACAUCAUUAGCAACGGGCAGGAACUGCAGUUCUGAACAGAGAAAAUUCACCAUAAUACAGACCAAUUACUCGCCAGUUGUAGUGAUGUUGUCCGGCACACAAUCUAGCUACCUCUCUAGAGAUAAAUAUACCUCUGGCUAUUUGAAAGUCAAGAUGGAGUCGAUCACUAAAGACAUGGAAGGGAAUGAAAAUGACCAUGCACAAGGCACCGGUGCAGUAGCUGGAGUCUUCCUGGAGAAGACUAAGCAGAAGAUAACAAUAUAUCAGGCCAUGAAGAAACGUCUACUGAAGCCUGGCACAGCGUUGGCCCUGUUGGAGGCCCAGGCUGCCACUGAGGGAAUCAUAGACCUUAUCAAUAACCGGAAACUUCCAGUAGAAGAAGCUGUCAAGGAAGGAAUAAUUGGACCUGAGUUGAGAGAAAAACUCCUUGUUGCAGAGAGAGCCAUUGAUGGUUACAUAGAUCCUUAUACAAAUGAAAAAAUAUCUGUAUUCCAAGCCAUACAAAAGGACGUUAUUCCAAAAGAUUAUGGAUCCCGGUUGCUUGAGGCACAGAUAUCCACAAAAGGCCUAUUUGACCCUGUUGAAAAGAAAUAUGUUUCAGUGUACUUAGCGAUUGAGAAGGGACACUAUGAAAAAGGCUUACUCUCUGACCAGAUUGAAGCGCUCAAAGUGUUCUAUGAUCCAAACUCACAAGAAAAUCUCAACUACCCACAUCUGAUAGAGAAAUGCAUGGUGGAUCCUGACACUGGCUUACUGCUGCUCCCAGUUUGCAUCACCUUCAAAGGCCUGCGCAGGGGGGUUUCCUCCACUGAACUCCUGGUGUCAAACAUAAUUGACAAAGAGACCUAUGACGACUUGCAGAAAGGCAAAACAACCACUCAGGAUGUGAUGCUCAUGGAGACUGUGAAAGAGUACCUGGAAGGUAAAGGGGGUAUCUCUGGUGUAGCUAUGCUCUCAUCCAAUCAGAUAAUGAGCAUCUAUCAAGCCAUGAAGCAAGGCAUUCUUAUGCCUGGAACAGCACUAGUUCUUCUUGAGGCACAGGCUGCCACUGGAUUCAUGAUUGACCCUGUUCAAAACAAGAAAUUCAGCGUGGACGAAGCUAUUAAAAACAAAGUUGUGGGCCCUGAUUACCAUGCUAAACUGCUCUCGGCUGAGCGGGCAGUCACGGGAUACAAAGACCCUUACACAAGUGAAACAAUAUCCCUGUUUCAGGCACUGUCAAAGGACCUAAUCGUGAAGGAGCAUGGGAUUCGCUUACUGGAAGCUCAAAUCGCCACAGGAGGAAUAAUUGAUCCCAUCAACAGUCACAGACUUCCUGUGGACGUAGCCUACAAGCGAGGUUUCUUUGAUGAAGCCAUGAAUACAAUACUUGCAGACUCAGGAGACGACACCAAAGGAUUCUUUGAUCCAAACACAAAGGAAAAUUUGACGUACCUUCAGCUGAUGGGACGAUGUGUCAUCGACCCAGCCACUGGACUCUGCCUGCUUCCUCUUAUGGAACAGUCAGGUGGUCAGAAUCAUAAUUUCAUCGACUAUCAAACCAAACUUAACUUAAAAGAAGUGAGAGUGAGGGUGACUUGUGGGAAGUACAUGGGAAUGAUUGUAUCCCUUUGGGAAUUGGUGAUGUCAGAGUACUUCAACGAACAUCAGAGGCAAGACAUCAUUCGGCAAUACACGCAGGGACACCUUCCAAUGAAGAUGAUCAUCAGAAAAAUUAUGGAGGUUAUAGAGCAAUCAGUGAAAACAACCAACGUUGUCUUCGAAGGAAUCCGGGAGACUGUCACAGCAAAGCAGCUGGUAGAGGCAGAUAUCAUUAGCGAGAAUGUCCUGGAGGAACUCAACAAGGGGAAGAAGACCGUGAAGGAGGUCACAGAGGAUGAAACUGUUAAAAUGUACUUACAAGGGAAAGACAGCAUUGCAGGUGUUUUGCUUCCUGAUUCUCAGAUCAUGACAAUCUACCAGGCCAGACGAAAGGGAAAGCUGAUGCCAGGAACUGCACUGAUUUUACUGGAAGCUCAAGCAGCAACAGGCUUCAUCAUUGACCCUAUUGCCAAUAGAAAGUUUUCAGUGGAUGAGGCAGUGAAGGCAAACAUAGUGGGGCCUGACCUUCAUGGAAAGCUGCGUUCAGCAGAGAAAGCAGUGACUGGUUACAAAGAUCCAUACACUGGCAAAACCAUCUCUCUGUUCCAAGCCAUGCAGAAAGACCUCAUCUUACAAGACCACGGAAUUCGUCUGCUGGAGGCACAGAUUGCCACUGGAGGAAUCAUUGACCCUCUUAACAGCCAUCGUAUUCCUGUCCAUGUAGCCUACAAGAGGGGAUAUUUCAAUGAGGAAAUGAAUCAGAUUCUUGAUGAUCCAAGUGAUGACACAAAGGGCUUCUUUGACCCCAACACUCAUGAAAACCUCACAUACCUGAAGCUCAUGGCCAGGUGUGUCACUGAUCCAAGCACAGGCCUUUGUCUUCUGCCCCUCAAAGGCAAAAGCAACAGAGUCAACAUACAAGAUCACAUAAAGGAGACUUUCCAAGCUACAAAUGUCACUGUUAAGUAUGGCAGGUUCAGCUGCAAGCAUGUAACACUCUGGGAUCUCAUCAACUCUGAAUAUCUGUGUGAGGACAAAAGGCAGGAGUUAUUAAAACUGUACAAGUCAAAGAUGAUCACAAUCAAGGAAAUCAUUGUAAUUAUCCUGGAAAUCAUUGAAAGCAAGGAGAUAAAGUGGCAAGCUGGUCUGAACUUUGAGGGUCUGAGGGGGAAUGUUUCUGUUGUGGACCUUUUGAGGUUGGAAAUUGUGGACGAAAAGACAUACAAAAGUCUGAUUGAAGGGAAACUGACCAACAAGGAUAUAAUGAAGAUAGACACUGUUAGAACCUAUCUGAGAGGAAACAGCUGUGUAGCCGGGGUGAUACUCCAACCCUCCAGUCAAAAACUGAGCAUCUAUGAGGCCAAGAAAAAGGGCGUCCUGACUCCUGGUACUGCGCUCUCUCUUCUGGAAGCACAAGCUGCCACAGGCUUUAUCAUUGACCCUCUUCAUAACCAGAAACUGACUGUGGACCAGGCUCUGAAAGAGAAGGUAAUUGGCCCAGAACUGUUCGAAAAGCUCUUAUCAGCAGAGAAGGCAGUAACUGGCUACACAGACCCCUACACUGAUAAAAAAAUCUCACUCUUCCAAGCCAUGAAAAAAGAUCUGAUCCUACAGCAGCAUGGCAUUCGUUUACUUGAAGCCCAGAUUGCAACAGGUGGCAUCAUUGACCCAUUGAAGUGUCUUCAUUUGCCCCUUGAAGUUGCUUACAGAGAGGGAUACUUUGAUGCAGAGCUUAAUCAAAUCCUGACAGAUCCCAGUGAUGACACCAAGGGAUUUUUUGACCCAAGGACACAAGCAAACUUGACCUACAUGGAAAUGAUGGAGCAGUGCAUAAAGGACCCAGAGACGGGUCUGCUUCUUCUGCCACUGAUGGACAAAACUAAAACACAGGAUAAAACUGAGAAAAUGUACUCAGACGCUGAGAUAAAGCAGGAGUUUGAAAAGACAACUGUUAGCAUUUCAGUAGGGCGUUAUUCAGGAAAGACAGUCUCUCUUUGGUAUUUGAUUCACUCUGGAUACUUUACUGAUGAUCAGAGACUCCAGUUCCUUGAUAAAUACAGAACAAAGAAGGUAACCAUACAAGUAAUAAUCACUUUGGUCAUUUCCACCAUUACAAAACUGGAGAAGAAUGAAACUCUGAAAACAACAAUAGGUUUGAGAAAGCCAGUCUCUGCAAAACAACUAUUGAAAUCAAGCAUAAUUGAUGCCAGUACCUUCAAGAGUUUGGAGGAAGGAAAUGUAACUCUUGAACAAGUGACCCAACUGGAAUCUGUGAAGCAAUAUCUAAGGGGUACAGGAAGUAUUGCUGGAGUCCGGAUUCUUCCAUCCAAAAAAGUAAUGAGCAUUUAUGAGGCAAGGACGCAAGGUCUCCUAACACCUGGUACUGCACUGAUACUGCUUGAGGCUCAGGCUGCAACAGGGUUUGUCAUCGAUCCAAUCAAGAACAAAUAUCUAUCUGUUGAUGAGGCCGCAAGAGAACGACUAAUUGGACUAGAAAUACAUGAAAAACUACUCUCAGCUGAACGAGCAGUCACUGGAUAUGUAGAUCCAUACACAGAUACCACAAUAUCUUUAUUUGAAGCCAUGAAAAAAGAUCUGAUCGAGAAAGGCCAUGGGAUACAUCUGAUGGAAGCACAAAUUGCAACAGGGGGAAUAAUUGACCCAGUCAACAGCUACAGGAUACCUGCUCAUGUCGCCAUGAAAAAAGGCUACCUUGAUGAAGAAACAAGUGAAGCAAUGUCUAAUCCAAAUGAUGACACGAAAGGAUUCUUAGACCCCAUAACCAAGGAAAACCUAACAUACUUUCAGCUAAGAGAGAGGUGUGAAAAGGAUUCUCAGACAGGACUUUUACUCCUACCAAUACAUGAAGAAAGUGGAUAUGACUUUCACACCGAUGAACAAACAGAACAGGAAUUCAAAGACAAAACUGUGGUCAUCAAUGCAGGUAAAUUUGAAGACAAAGAAGUGUCACUGUGGGAUGUGUUAAUCUCUGAAUACAUUCCAAAACUAAAGAGAGAGCAGCUCUUGAAACAAUACAAGACAAGAUCAUCGACAAUGAAAGAGAUAAUAGAAAUAGUCAUCAUAAUAAUACAGGAAGUGACAUCAAAACAAAUCAAGUUCAAAGGACUGAGGAAGCAGGUUUCAGCAAGUGAGCUUUAUGAGUCAAAAAUAAUCUCAAAGGAACUGUUUACUCAGAUUAUCCAUGGAGAAGUUACUGAAGAGACUGUUGGCAAAUUGGAAUGUAUUCAAAAGUACCUUGGGGCAACAAAUUGCAUUGCAGGAGUAAGAAUUGAAUCCACCAAAAAGAUCAUGAGCAUCUAUGAGGCCAAAACCAAAGGUUUUCUGACUCCUGGAACCUCUCUGGUUCUGCUGGAGGCUCAGGCUGCCACUGGAUUUGUCAUUGACCCAGUGAAGAACAAGAAGCUCUCUGUAGAAGAGUCAGCCGCUCAAGGUUUAGUUGGGAAUGAGUGGAAGAACAAACUUCUUUCAGCAGAGAGGGCAGUCACUGGAUACAAAGAUCCCUACACAGGAAACACUAUUUCCUUGUUCCAGGCCUUGAAAAAGGAUCUAAUUGUCAAGGACCAUGGAAUUCGCCUUCUUGAGGCACAGAUUGCAACUGGUGGAAUCAUCGAUCCAGUGUACAGUCAUAGAGUGCCAGUAGAGGUAGCGUACCAGAGAGGAUACUUUGAUGAGGAAAUGAACCAGAUCCUCGAUGACCCUGACGAUGACACCAAGGGCUUUUUUGACCCCAACACACAAGAGAACCUCACCUACCUGCAGCUUGUGGAGAGGUGUGUGAGAGACCCAGAUACUGGCCUUAGCUUACUCGUAAUCGUCAAGAAAGGAGAGUUCUACUUCUUCAUUGAUGAGCAAACUAAGACCAUUCUAAAGGCUAUGACAACAACUAAGGCCGGAGGCAAAUUCCAAGGACAGAAAGUGUCUCUAUGGGAUCUCCUCUUCUCAAAAUACAUCACCGAGGAGAGAAGGAGAGAGCUUGUGCAGCAGUUUAAAUCUGGAGCAAUCACUAUUGAACGCUUCAUGGAGAAUAUACUAACAAUUAUUCAACAAAAGACUACCACCACAACAACCACAACAUCUUCAAUGACAACGUGUACACCACCACCUGAGACAACGUCAGAGAAAACAACCAUUACCACAACAACCACAGAGACAAGCUUCCAUGGUAUCAGGAAGAAUGUCACCGCUAGCGAGUUGCUUGUCUCAAAAAUCAUUGACAAGAAACUCUAUGAAGACCUCAAUACAGGAAAAGUCACAGUGAACCAAGUGAGUGAAAUGGACUCAGUACGCAAGUACUUGGAGGGAACUAAUAGCAUUGCAGGUGUAUAUGUUCAGUCCACCAAACAGACCAUGAGCAUCUAUGAGGCCAAAUCCAAAGGUCUUCUGACUCCUGGAACCUCUCUGGUUCUGCUGGAGGCUCAGGCUGCCACUGGAUUUGUCAUUGACCCAGUGAAGAACAAGAAGCUCUCUGUAGAAGAGUCAGCCGCUCAAGGUUUAGUUGGGAAUGAGUGGAAGAACAAACUGCUUUCAGCAGAGAGGGCAGUCACUGGAUACAAAGAUCCCUACACAGGAAACACUAUUUCCUUGUUCCAGGCCUUGAAAAAGGAUCUAAUUGUCAAGGACCAUGGAAUUCGCCUUCUUGAAGCACAGAUUGCAACUGGUGGAAUCAUUGAUCCAGUGUACAGUCAUAGAGUGCCAGUAGAGGUGGCGUACCAGAGAGGAUACUUUGAUGAGGAAAUGAACCAGAUCCUCGAUGACCCUGACGAUGACACCAAGGGCUUUUUUGACCCCAACACACAAGAGAACCUCACCUACCUGCAGCUUGUGGAGAGGUGUGUGAGAGACCCAGAUACUGGCCUUAGCUUACUCGUAAUCGUCAAGAAAGGAGAGUUCUACUUCUUCAUUGAUGAGCAAACCAAGACCAUUCUAAAGGCUAUGACAACAACUAAGGCCGGAGGCAAAUUCCAAGGACAGAAAGUGUCUCUAUGGGAUCUCCUCUACUCAAAAUACAUCACCGAGGAGAGAAGGAGAGAGCUUGUGCAGCAGUUUAAAUCUGGAGCAAUCACUAUUGAACGCUUCAUGGAGAUUAUACUAACAAUUAUUCAACAAAAGACUACCACCACAACAACCACAACAUCUUCAAUGACAACAUGUACACCACCACCUGAGACAAAGUCAGAGAAAACAACCAUUACCACAACAACCACAGAGACAAGCUUCCAUGGUAUCAGGAAGAAUGUCACCGCUGGCGAGCUGCUUGACUCAAAAAUCAUUGACAAGAAACUCUAUGAAGACCUCAAUACAGGAAAAGUCACAGUGAACCAAGUGAGUGAAAUGGACUCAGUACGCAAGUACUUGGAGGGAACUAAUAGCAUUGCAGGUGUAUAUGUUCAGUCCACCAAACAGACCAUGAGCAUCUAUGAGGCCAAAUCCAAAGGUCUUCUGACUCCUGGAACCUCUCUGGUUCUGCUGGAGGCUCAGGCUGCCACUGGAUUUGUCAUUGACCCAGUGAAGAACAAGAAGCUCUCUGUAGAAGAGUCAGCCGCUCAAGGUUUAGUUGGGAAUGAGUGGAAGAACAAACUGCUUUCAGCAGAGAGGGCAGUCACUGGAUACAAAGAUCCCUACACAGGAAACACUAUUUCCUUGUUCCAGGCCUUGAAAAAGGAUCUAAUUGUCAAGGACCAUGGAAUUCGCCUUCUUGAGGCACAGAUUGCAACUGGUGGAAUCAUUGAUCCAGUGUACAGUCAUAGAGUGCCAGUAGAGGUGGCGUACCAGAGAGGAUACUUUGAUGAGGAAAUGAACCAGAUCCUCGAUGACCCUGACGAUGACACCAAGGUUUUUGACCCCAACACACAAGAGAACCUCACCUACCUGCAGCUUGUGGAGAGGUGUGUGAGAGACCCAGAUACUGGCCUUAGCUUACUCGUAAUCGUCAAGAAAGGAGAGUUCUACUUCUUCAUUGAUGAGCAAACCAAGACCAUUCUAAAGGCUAUGACAACAACUAAGGCCGGAGGCAAAUUCCAAGGACAGAAAGUGUCUCUAUGGGAUCUCCUCUACUCAAAAUACAUCACCGAGGAGAGAAGGAGAGAGCUUGUGCAGCAGUUUAAAUCUGGAGCAAUCACUAUUGAACGCUUCAUGGAGAUUAUACUAACAAUUAUUCAACAAAAGACUACCACCACAACAACCACAACAUCUUCAAUGACAACAUGUACACCACCACCUGAGACAAAGUCAGAGAAAACAACCAUUACCACAACAACCACAGAGACAAGCUUCCAUGGUAUCAGGAAGAAUGUCACCGCUGGCGAACUGCUUGACUCAAAAAUCAUUGACAAGAAACUCUAUGAAGACCUCAAUACAGGAAAAGUCACAGUGAACCAAGUGAGUGAAAUGGACUCAGUACGCAAGUACUUGGAGGGAACUAAUAGCAUUGCAGGUGUAUAUGUUCAGUCCACCAAACAGACCAUGAGCAUCUAUGAGGCCAAAUCCAAAGGUCUUCUGACUCCUGGAACCUCUCUGGUUCUGCUGGAGGCUCAGGCUGCCACUGGAUUUGUCAUUGACCCAGUGAAGAACAAGAAGCUCUCUGUAGAAGAGUCAGCCGCUCAAGGUUUAGUUGGGAAUGAGUGGAAGAACAAACUGCUUUCAGCAGAGAGGGCAGUCACUGGAUACAAAGAUCCCUACACAGGAAACACUAUUUCCUUGUUCCAGGCCUUGAAAAAGGAUCUAAUUGUCAAGGACCAUGGAAUUCGCCUUCUUGAAGCACAGAUUGCAACUGGUGGAAUCAUCGAUCCAGUGUACAGUCAUAGAGUGCCAGUAGAGGUGGCGUACCAGAGAGGAUACUUUGAUGAGGAAAUGAACCAGAUCCUCGAUGACCCUGACGAUGACACCAAGGGCUUUUUUGACCCCAACACACAAGAGAACCUCACCUACCUGCAGCUUGUGGAGAGGUGUGUGAGAGACCCAGAUACUGGCCUUAGCUUACUCGUAAUCGUCAAGAAAGGAGAGUUCUACUUCUUCAUUGAUGAGCAAACCAAGACCAUUCUAAAGGCUAUGACAACAACUAAGGCCGGAGGCAAAUUCCAAGGACAGAAAGUGUCUCUAUGGGAUCUCCUCUACUCAAAAUACAUCACCGAGGAGAGAAGGAGAGAGCUUGUGCAGCAGUUUAAAUCUGGAGCAAUCACUAUUGAACGCUUCAUGGAGAUUAUACUAACAAUUAUUCAACAAAAGACUACCACCACAACAACCACAACAUCUUCAAUGACAACAUGUACACCACCACCUGAGACAACGUCAGAGAAAACAACCAUUACCACAACAACCACAGAGACAAUUUUCCAUGGUAUCAGGAAGAAUGUCACCGCUAGCGAGCUGCUUGUCUCAAAAAUCAUUGACAAGAAACUCUAUGAAGACCUCAAUACAGGAAAAGUCACAGUGAACCAAGUGAGUGAAAUGGACUCAGUACGCAAGUACUUGGAGGGAACUAAUAGCAUUGCAGGUGUAUAUGUUCAGUCCACCAAACAGACCAUGAGCAUCUAUGAGGCCAAAUCCAAAGGUCUUCUGACUCCUGGAACCUCUCUGGUUCUGCUGGAGGCUCAGGCUGCCACUGGAUUUGUCAUUGACCCAGUGAAGAACAAGAAGCUCUCUGUAGAAGAGUCAGCCGCUCAAGGUUUAGUUGGGAAUGAGUGGAAGAACAAACUGCUUUCAGCAGAGAGGGCAGUCACUGGAUACAAAGAUCCCUACACAGGAAACACUAUUUCCUUGUUCCAGGCCUUGAAAAAGGAUCUAAUUGUCAAGGACCAUGGAAUUCGCCUUCUUGAGGCACAGAUUGCAACUGGUGGAAUCGUCGAUCCAGUGUACAGUCAUAGAGUGCCAGUAGAGGUGGCGUACCAGAGAGGAUACUUUGAUGAGGAAAUGAACCAGAUCCUCGAUGACCCUGACGAUGACACCAAGGGCUUUUUUGACCCCAACACACAAGAGAACCUCACCUACCUGCAGCUUGUGGAGAGGUGUGUGAGAGACCCAGAUACUGGCCUUAGCUUACUCGUAAUCGUCAAGAAAGGAGAGUUCUACUUCUUCAUUGAUGAGCAAACCAAGACCAUUCUAAAGGCUAUGACAACAACUAAGGCCGGAGGCAAAUUCCAAGGACAGAAAGUGUCUCUAUGGGAUCUCCUCUACUCAAAAUACAUCACCGAGGAGAGAAGGAGAGAGCUUGUGCAGCAGUUUAAAUCUGGAGCAAUCACUAUUGAACGCUUCAUGGAGAUUAUACUAACAAUUAUUCAACAAAAGACUACCACCACAACAACCACAACAUCUUCAAUGACAACAUGUACACCACCACCUGAGACAAAGUCAGAGAAAACAACCAUUACCACAACAACCACAGAGACAAGCUUCCAUGGUAUCAGGAAGAAUGUCACCGCUAGCAGCUGCUUGUCUCAAAAAAUCAUUGACAAGAAACUCUAUGAAGACCUCAAUACAGGAAAAGUCACAGUGAACCAAGUGAGUGAAAUGGACUCAGUACGCAAGUACUUGGAGGGAACUAAUAGCAUUGCAGGUGUAUAUGUUCAGUCCACCAAACAGACCAUGAGCAUCUAUGAGGCCAAAUCCAAAGGUCUUCUGACUCCUGGAACCUCUCUGGUUCUGCUGGAGGCUCAGGCUGCCACUGGAUUUGUCAUUGACCCAGUGAAGAACAAGAAGCUCUCUGUAGAAGAGUCAGCCGCUCAAGGUUUAGUUGGGAAUGAGUGGAAGAACAAACUGCUUUCAGCAGAGAGGGCAGUCACUGGAUACAAAGAUCCCUACACAGGAAACACUAUUUCCUUGUUCCAGGCCUUGAAAAAGGAUCUAAUUGUCAAGGACCAUGGAAUUCGCCUUCUUGAGGCACAGAUUGCAACUGGUGGAAUCGUCGAUCCAGUGUACAGUCAUAGAGUGCCAGUAGAGGUGGCGUACCAGAGAGGAUACUUUGAUGAGGAAAUGAACCAGAUCCUCGAUGACCCUGACGAUGACACCAAGGGCUUUUUUGACCCCAACACACAAGAGAACCUCACCUACCUGCAGCUUGUGGAGAGGUGUGUGAGAGACCCAGAUACUGGCCUUAGCUUACUCGUAAUCGUCAAGAAAGGAGAGUUCUACUUCUUCAUUGAUGAGCAAACCAAGACCAUUCUAAAGGCUAUGACAACAACUAAGGCCGGAGGCAAAUUCCAAGGACAGAAAGUGUCUCUAUGGGACCUCCUCUACUCAAAAUACAUCACAGAGGAGAGAAGGAGAGAGCUUGUGCAGCAGUUUAAAUCUGGAGCAAUCACUAUUGAACGCUUCAUGGAGAUUAUACUAACAAUUAUUCAACAAAAGACUACCACCACAACAACCACAACAUCUUCAAUGACAACAUGUACACCACCACCUGAGACAAAAGACAACUUCCAUGGUAUCAGGAAGAAUGUCACCGCUUAGCGAGCUGCUUGUCUCAAAAUCAUUGACAAGAAACUCUAUGAAGACCUCAAUACAGGAAAAGUCACAGUGAACCAAGUGAGUGAAAUGGACUCAGUACGCAAGUACUUGGAGGGAACUAAUAGCAUUGCAGGUGUAUAUGUUCAGUCCACCAAACAGACCAUGAGCAUCUAUGAGGCCAAAUCCAAAGGUCUUCUGACUCCUGGAACCUCUCUGGUUCUGCUGGAGGCUCAGGCUGCCACUGGAUUUGUCAUUGACCCAGUGAAGAACAAGAAGCUCUCUGUAGAAGAGUCAGCCGCUCAAGGUUUAGUUGGGAAUGAGUGGAAGAACAAACUGCUUUCAGCAGAGAGGGCAGUCACUGGAUACAAAGAUCCCUACACAGGAAACACUAUUUCCUUGUUCCAGGCCUUGAAAAAGGAUCUAAUUGUCAAGGACCAUGGAAUUCGCCUUCUUGAGGCACAGAUUGCAACUGGUGGAAUCAUCGAUCCAGUGUACAGUCAUAGAGUGCCAGUAGAGGUGGCGUACCAGAGAGGAUACUUUGAUGAGGAAAUGAACCAGAUCCUCGAUGACCCUGACGAUGACACCAAGGGCUUUUUUGACCCCAACACACAAGAGAACCUCACCUACCUGCAGCUUGUGGAGAGGUGUGUGAGAGACCCAGAUACUGGCCUUAGCUUACUCGUAAUCGUCAAGAAAGGAGAGUUCUACUUCUUCAUUGAUGAGCAAACCAAGACCAUUCUAAAGGCUAUGACAACAACUAAGGCCGGAGGCAAAUUCCAAGGACAGAAAGUGUCUCUAUGGGAUCUCCUCUACUCAAAAUACAUCACCGAGGAGAGAAGGAGAGAGCUUGUGCAGCAGUUUAAAUCUGGAGCAAUCACUAUUGAACGCUUCAUGGAGAAUAUACUAACAAUUAUUCAACAAAAGACUACCACCACAACAACCACAACAUCUUCAAUGACAACAUGUACACCACCACCUGAGACAACGUCAGAGAAAACAACCAUUACCACAACAACCACAGAGACAAUUUUCCAUGGUAUCAGGAAGAAUGUCACCGCUGGCGAGCUGCUUGUCUCAAAAAUCAUUGACAAGAAACUCUAUGAAGACCUCAAUACAGGAAAAGUCACAGUGAACCAAGUGAGUGAAAUGGACUCAGUACGCAAGUACUUGGAGGGAACUAAUAGCAUUGCAGGUGUAUAUGUUCAGUCCACCAAACAGACCAUGAGCAUCUAUGAGGCCAAAUCCAAAGGUCUUCUGACUCCUGGAACCUCUCUGGUUCUGCUGGAGGCUCAGGCUGCCACUGGAUUUGUCAUUGACCCAGUGAAGAACAAGAAGCUCUCUGUAGAAGAGUCAGCCGCUCAAGGUUUAGUUGGGAAUGAGUGGAAGAACAAACUGCUUUCAGCAGAGAGGGCAGUCACUGGAUACAAAGAUCCCUACACAGGAAACACUAUUUCCUUGUUCCAGGCCUUGAAAAAGGAUCUAAUUGUCAAGGACCAUGGAAUUCGCCUUCUUGAGGCACAGAUUGCAACUGGUGGAAUCAUUGAUCCAGUGUACAGUCAUAGAGUGCCAGUAGAGGUGGCGUACCAGAGAGGAUACUUUGAUGAGGAAAUGAACCAGAUCCUCGAUGACCCUGACGAUGACACCAAGGGCUUUUUUGACCCCAACACACAAGAGAACCUCACCUACCUGCAGCUUUUGGAGAGGUGUGUGAGAGACCCAGAUACUGGCCUUAGCUUACUGUCCCUGAAUAAAUGAGCUGAUAAUGAUUUUUUCCAGAAUCCUACAAUUGUCUUGUAAGAUGUGCAGAUAUAAUUCAAAAGUAUUUUCAUUUAAUUUUACAUUACAUUUUAUAAAAUGUAAUUCCUUUCAUUGUUGAUGGUACCCAAUUAUUCUGAAUUGAAUAUAUUAAAAGCGAUUUCGGAAGUGAAUUUUGUUAUUGUGAAGUAAUCCACAAUUAUACUUCAUCUGAGAUAUUGUGUACAUGCAAUAAAUGCCAAUGCUAAUGUUAGCAAAAAGGUAAAAAACAGUUAUGUUUAUUGAUAUCAAUGUGGCACACAUAAGAUUACAUUUUGCUUAACUCUGUGCCCUUAAACAGGAAUGAUGAGAAUGGUAAAGUAAAGAUAAGAGAAGUCGAGUGUGCAUAAAAUGUUUAAUAAAUUAAUGAGAUUCAUAAUCACAAUUUAAUCUGACCUGAUUCCAGCAGAUUUAUCCUCUUGUCUGUCAGACCUCUGUCUUUUUUCUUGAAAAUAAACAAACCCAUAAGCAAAGAAAAGUCA